AUGGUCGUGCGGGCUAUGCUAAGCUCGGGCGGUCGACUGGGUCUGCGUGCAUCAAGCUAUGGUGCUGGUCCAGCUGGUGUUGCGGGUGCACGCAGCUUUUGGUGGUCCAAGUCACCUGCACCUGAGCCUAACUCAUCCGCGAUUCCCGCGUCACCAGUUCCUCCAGCCCAGCCUUUGGAGACUGAGUCCAACAAUAUCUCGAUCGACACAGCUACGCAAAACCCCGCAUCCGCCGUGUCCGAGCUGGCUAACGUCAUACAGCCUCUACAACACGGCGGUCUUUAUGACCUAGGACUCGUUAGUUGGUGGUCGCCUGCAGGAUGGGUGAGGUAUUCCAUGGAAGUUCUGCAUGUUACUACCGGCAUGCCAUGGUUCUAUGUCAUUGUGGCUGGAACGAUUGCAUGGAGACUAGCAUCAAUUCCAUUGACCAUCAUGUCUACUCGGAACGCGUCUCGUCUCCGGCCAUUCACUACCCAAAUGAAAGCUCUCGACGAGAAAGCUGAAAAGGCGGACCAGGCAGAGAAACUUGAAAUUUUGCUGAAGAAGAAGCAGAUAACGGAAAAAGCUGGUGUAACUGUGUUUUCGAGCUUGGGAGCACCAUUAGGACAGAUUAUUUUGCAAUUUGCACUGUUCCUUGGGGUCAAGGGGAUGGUAACGCUGCCUGUGGAGCAGUUACGGGAUAGCGGGGUUUGGUUUCUGCCUGAUCUUACAGUGGCUGGUCCUUACUACAUCAUGCCACUGGUGGUCGCUGGGUUGGCCAAUGUGCAGUUGAGUCUUCAAAAACGAGAUAUGGAUCCGUCGCGACCGGAAAUGGCGCAUGCACUCAACGUGUUCCGCGUUAUGAGUUUUGCAUUUACUCCUUUCAUGGCGGCAUACCCCGAUGGUCUGUGGUUGAGCGUAGCGGCGGGCUUGGCAGUUUCCUUAAUCCAGACUCGGCUUCUGCAGAUACCAAGCAUCAGCACUAAAUUGGGCAUCAUUCCUUUAACCAACAAGCUGCCACCCGUCCCGACGACAGAAACCUUCCGACUCAUUAGUCGCUAUAUCCAAAAGAAGUUUUCGGCAGGCCGUCGAAAGCCCCAGGCCCUACGACUGCCCAAAGCUAAGCCAGGCAGGGCUUCGAGAAGAUGAUGUGAUUCGCAAUAUCAUACAAGAGUUUUCAUAGAUCUUAAUGAUGUGUUUUAGGGGGCACACCACUACUCAUAUAUCUGACCAAAUGACAGGUGAAUUUGAAUGAUGCAUGCCAACGGCUAAGUACUGUGAAGGUGAGCGACACGUAUAUACAAGUCACAGAAUCGGCAUUGGCAUUGCGUCCGACAAUCAAGGACGGGUUUUCCUCGAUCUGUUCAGCGUCUGGACAUAUUGGCGUUUCUUUUGGAAUGUGGUUUUCAUUCCCGUCUGUGAAGAUGUAUUGAGUACCCGCUCCAAGCAGAUCAUCGUAGAGGCACUAUUUGGAAUGGCAGAUACGACUUUUGGCAAGUUUCCGCACUAGUACUGCGGCCCCGAUUACGCCAGGAUCCGAAACCCGAGUUCUUAUGCAACA